CAAAAUGUAUUAAAAUAGGCUUUAUAAAAUGUGUUAUUGUGUUUUUUUUUAGUUACUUGCUAUGUAAAGAAUGUACGGUCUAUAAUCUAUUGCUAAAAUAUUGUAUCAGGACUUAAAAUUAGAUCAGAUCUGAGGCCAAGAAAUCGUAUUCAGGAUGCGAGGCCAAAAUUGUUGAUUGGGACUUCCCUAAUUGCAAUCACGUUCAUUGGGUGGAACUGGAACAGUGACAGUGUGAUCCGCCAAUGAGAUCGCAAUGGAUGGAUGACGUUGGCUCACUGAGGGGAGGAAUGAGCAUCAAUGAAGAUAUAAAAGAAAGACGUAUAAGAGAGAGGUUUGGACUCAUCUCUUCGUCCACCCGAUGAUGGAGACGGAGGACCAAUCAGAGCUCUGCUUUCCACAACUAAGCAACAUCUCCUGCAAGAAGCCCAUGUCUCAUUGGUCUGGUGAUAUACUUUUGACAGUUCUGCUGUCCGUUAUCUGUGUCUUCACUGUGUUUCUCAACCUGCUGGUUAUCAUCUCAAUCUCCCAUUUCAGGCAGCUCCACACUCCCACCAAACUCCUCCUCCUCUCUCUCGCGGUCUCUGACUUGCUGGUGGGCCUCCUGGUGAUUCCAGGUGAGAUCUACAUGAGAACGUCCUGCUGGGCCCUGGGCGAUGUUCUCUGUUCUCUGUGGAGCUACAUGGUCUUCAUAGUGACGUUUGCUUCAGUGGCACACAUGGUGCUGAUAUCAGCUGAUCGUUAUGUGGCCAUUUGUGAUCCUCUGCAUUACAACACCAGGGUCACUGUGGGAAGAGUUCGAUUCUGUGUUUGUCUCUGUUGGUUCUCUUUCUUCCCCUACUGUGGCAUCAUUUUGAAGGAACAGCUGGCUCACCCCGCCAUGUAUAAGUCAUGCCACGGAGAGUGUGUCAUUGGUUUUGAAUAUGCCUCAGGUGUUGUUGACAUUGUUGUGGGCUUUGUCCUCCCUCUCAGCAUCAUCUUCAUUCUGUACAUGAGAGUGUUUAUGGUUGCAGUGUCUCAGGCGCGAGCCAUGCGCUCUCAUGUUGCAUCCAUCAAACACCAUCAUUCAGUCACUGUUAGGGCAAAGAAAUCAGAGUUGAAGGCCGCCAGGACUCUUGGUGUCGUCAUCCUUGUCUUCAUCAUGUGUUUAUGUCCAUAUUUCAUUUUUACUCUGGCAAGUGACAACAAAAUAAUAUCUUUAUUGGCUCAUUAUGCUGUUUACUUAUUUGACUUCAACUCGUGUUUAAACCCGUUGAUUUAUACCUUGUUUUAUCCCUGGUUUAGAAAAGCAGCUCGAUGUGUUGUCACGCUGCGCAUACUGAAGUCUGGCUCUAGGGGAGACAACAUACUUUAGACCAAAAGGUGAAAUAUUAAUGUUUACAGUGUCGAUUGUAGUAAUUAGUUAACCAGAUGUAAGUAAGCAGCCUCUUUUCCACGGAUGAAAUUGUAAAGACAUCCACAUGAUUUAAACUGUAAUGAACACUGACCCUAUUUGAAGUGCAAGUGAAUUUCAUUUGCUCAAUCUUUGAGCUGGAAAUGCCAAGAAAGUAGAAAUAAAGUAAAGAAGGUGACUCACAGAAGGAUGUUGGGUGAAGAAAUAAGUUUCACAUUAGAGUAGGACAUAUAUCAGACUAUUAUCUCAUAACCUAACCUAAAACCUGAUAGAACUGCAGGAAAUAAUGAAAUAUUUACAAUGCAUCUUUUAAAAAAUCAACUUGACCAUCAAGGAUCUAUUGUAACCACUUAUAUCAUUUUUAAUCAUGAUGAUCUUACAUCACACCCGAGUAUUCAUAUCUCUACCCUGGAUGUAUUGCAGUUCUUCUCAUAGUUAAAAUUGUUUAUGCUUAAAAACUACUAACAGGUUAAUAUUUCCCAAAUAAAUUCAUGACCUCA